CUAAUAUAUUCUAAUACAAAUAUGAAACAUUUAUGUCCUGAUGCAGCGAAAGGAGGCGACUGCGCCUCUCUCAAGGUGACGAGACUUCGUGCUAUUUCUGUUUAUAUGAUAAAUGACACUUUUGGCUUCUUCUUUUCACUUUGUACUAAUGUUACUAGCAAUUCUCUGGCUCAUUGGUGGAUAGAGAUUGAAACAGAAGACCCUGAUGUUUGGUACUGUGCACAGUUUCGCAAGAAGGAUGGUUAUUAUACGUUGAUGCUACAAAAAUGCCUCUCGAAAGAAAAAGUCACUCAAGAAGGCCAAAAGGGUGGUAGAAGAUUUGGCCAAAGUCCAAGCAUGUCUUUAGAGUGUUCCAUUACUCCCAUUGACGAUUUAAAUAUUGGCCAAAUUUAUGAUUUUAUGCUUGAUUCAUGUGACGAUAAGUAUGAUCUGAUUAAAAAUAACUGCCAGCAUUUCUCAAAAAAAUUUAUGAAAUGGGCCAAGUAGUUACACUUAACCUUACUUUUUAAUAAUUUUCAGAUCAU